UCCAAUUAGAGAAGCCAUUAUUAAUUUUACAAUUUAAACUUAGUUCAUUCACUUAAUUUACUUAAUUCUCGGAAUUUAUUCAAUAUUAAAUAAUUGUGCUAAGAGUCGUCAAAUUCAUUAAAUAAUGGCAAUGAGUUUGAGAUUACCUCCUCUGCCAUCGGUUAGAGACCUUACAAAGCUGUACAGACUCCAAGCCAAGAAACAAUUGGCCCAAAAUUUCUUGAUGGACGAGAGGCUGACGAAUAAAAUAGUGCGACAGGCGGGUAAUCUUCAGGGGUGGCAGGUGUUGGAGGUGGGUCCUGGACCUGGUGGAAUAACCAGAUCCAUCAUGAGAAAGUUACCGGACAGAAUUAUAUUAGUUGAGAAGGACAAGAGAUUUCAGCCAACAUUGGAGAUGUUGACGGAGGCAUUUUCCACAGUUAACGGUAAAAUGAACGUCUUCUACGAUGACAUUAUGGGAUUCGACUUUAGUAAAGUGUUCUCUGAGGAGGUCAAACGCGAGUGGAGUGACAAGAGCCCGAAGAUACACAUAAUUGGAAAUUUGCCGUUCAAUGUUUCCACUCCACUCAUCAUCAGAUGGCUGCAUGACAUUUCAGAGAAAAGGGGGGCUUGGGCUUUGGGGAGGGUCAGGCUGCUGCUGACUUUUCAGAAGGAAGUCGCAGAGAGGCUGGUUGCCCCACCAAGUGGAGCGCAGAGGUGUCGGUUAUCGGUGAUGGCCCAGGCCUGGACUAAACCCAAACUGAGGUUCGUUAUUCCUGGGAGGGCUUUCAUCCCUGAGCCCGAUGUCGAUGUUGGAGUGGUGACGUUUGAUCCACUCGAGACCCCUAGGACUGAUCAUGAGUUCAGUUUCUUUGAGAAGGUGACGAGGCAUUUGUUCUCCUUCAGGCAGAAAUAUUCCUUGGCGUGUGUCAAAACACUAUUUCCCUACGAACAUCAGAAUGACCUCGGCCUGAUGAUGUUCAAGCUCUCAGACUUGGACCCCACAAUGAGGCCCAUUGAGCUCACCGUCGAGGACAUGCACAGACUAGCAUCAGCCUACCAGUACCUCCUCGAGAAGCACCCGGAAAUAAAAGAUUACAACUACCGAGCCUCUCGGAAAGUUCUUUCGAAAUGUCACACUAAAGAAAUCCAAGUCGAGGAAAUAGACGAUAUGUAUUUAACAAGUGGAGUUGACACUCCCCCUCAAGCACAGGAAAUGUCUUUAAAUAAAUAAACAGCCGAAUUGAAUUA